UUAAUUCAAUCAAAGAAUAUUCACGUUAAUUUAGUUUUCAUUUUGUUGCAGAAAAUUAGCUGCGUAAGUGUGCCAAUAAAAAGCCAGCCGUGUUUGCAGUGCAGAAGCCCUGGCAGACUCCUCCUUGCCGGACGUCCUGUCUCUUCAGCAGAGGUCCCAAAUGGAGCUCAGGCUUCCGACCUGAGGGGAGAUAUGGACGAGGCUUAUUAACCAUGAGGCAGGGGUUCGUUUACAUUAGAUGCGUUGGUUAAGAGGCUCUUUAUUUUGCAAUAAUUUUAAAGACAGCCCAACGCGCAGUGAGGGGUUAUUUUGCUCUGGCUUUGUCUUCACGGCUGCAGAAAACAAAACGUCUCUGCCCCACUUGCGCGCACAAGCGCGUUUACAUAACCGUAAAGCUGCCCCACGGGCUCCGGCGCGCGGCGACGUGUUUCUUUGAUGUUAUGGCGAAGCAAGCGUGUGGCGCGAAAAACGAACGGAGGUUUUGCGUUUUACGGUGCUAUGGACACAGUUUGUAGUGUUCCGCCAUGCGCUAGAAGAUGACAGCGGCAACAACAUCGACAGGAGGUGGCACAGACUCAUCUCGGGAUGAUAGCAAGAGGACCGCAAACUUACCGGACGGUGCAACCUGCCAGCCCCAGGCCUGCGCCAGAGACUUCUCCUUGGGCAUCUUGGAGUCCAUUGCCACUGUGGGCACGGGGACGUUUGGCAGAGUAAUAUUAGUUCAAGACAGGAGAACUAAGAGCUAUUUUGCGCUAAAGUCUAUGAAGAUAGUGGACCUGAUCCAGCUGAAACAGCAGCAACAUGUUCAUAACGAGAAGGAAGUUCUCAUGGAGGUCAACCAUCCCUUUAUCGUCAAGCUGUUUUGGACGUGGCAUGACGAACGCUGUCUUUUCAUGCUGAUGGAGUAUGUGCCGGGUGGUGAGCUCUUCACCUGUCUGCGGAGCAGGGGCAAGUUUGCCAACGACACGGCCCUCUUCUUCUCCACCGAGAUCGUGUGCGCACUCGAGUACCUUCACUCCAAGGACAUCGUUUACAGGGACCUGAAGCCAGAAAACGUCCUCCUGGACCGGGAAGGUCACAUCAAGCUCACUGACUUUGGCUUUGCCAAGAAAGUGGUCGACAGGACAUGUACAUUGUGUGGAACUCCAGAGUACCUGGCCCCUGAAGUCAUCCAGGGCAAAGGUCACGGCCUUGCUGUGGACUGGUGGGCGCUGGGUGUCCUCAUCUUUGAGAUGCUGUCUGGGUAUCCACCAUUCUUUGAUGAUAAUCCUUUUGGGAUCUAUCAGAAGGUUCUUUCUGCGAAACUGAACUUCCCUCGGCAUCUGGAUUUCUAUGUAAAAGACCUCAUUAAGAAGCUCCUAGUCGUUGACCGAGCAAAGCGCCUGGGAAACCUGAGGAGUGGAGCAGAAGAUGUGAAGAAACACAGAUGGUUCAGAUCUGUAGACUGGGAUAUGGUGCCACAGAGAAGACUCAAGCCAACUAUAAUUCCUGAAGUUGCACAUGACGGUGAUUCGUCAAACUUUGACACCUACCCUGAAGAGAAACGGAAAAAAGAGCCUGUUGUGUCUCCAAAAGACUUGGAACUUUUUAAGAACUUUUGAGUAUGAAUAUGAAGUAAAAUUUAUUUGAUAAUCAUUUUGCAUCUUUUCACCUGACCCAGUAUUGUUCUGUGUUGUCUAUAGACUUGUAAUGUACUUAAAUAUAUGCACUGGUUAAAUCUUUGUUAUGCAAAUGCACAUAACCUAUAUAGUAUGUUAUUGCAAGUGCUUCCUUUCAUAUCAUAUCUCUUAGUUCUCUGGGAAAUUAUUAUGCAACAUAAGCUAUGCAGUUUAACUUCAUGGUAAAAAUUGAUCUGUCUGAAAUUGUAAGUGCAUCUCUAAAGCUGUAAUUGUAUGUAUAUGAUGCAAAUAGGAUCAAAGUGGUAGCUGCUUCUUCAUUUGUCUGACAUUAUGAUGCUUGGUUGUGUGAUAAAGGCUACAUAUGCCAUUUUACAAAACAACUUUGACUGGAGUGCUUUACUAAGAUUAGUAGGUAUUGUUCCCUAACCACCCAGAAUUCACUAGCAGGUCAUCUCUUUGUAGCAUCUCUCUGGCUACAAAUUUUAGAAUUAUAAUGUUUAUAUAUGGAUGGGUCUUUGUGUUGACAGCGUGGGCAUGGAAGGACUGCCAUCUUUUAAAAGCUAGGAUAACAUCAACGGGCUCAAUUUUAAAACGCACAGACAUGAACAAACGGCAUAAGUCUUUAUGAAGCAACCAAGACUGAAAAUGUCCAAAUAACGAUAUUUAUUGGGUCCAUGCCACUGUAUUAACGUAAUAUUUUAAAUAUAUCAUGCUUAUAGGCAUGCAUUGAGCCAAGACUGACUUAUGCCAAACAAUGUACAAAACUAAUGUUCUGCUUUAAAUGUUUUUGUAUGUUCCAACAUGAACCUUCAUUCACAAUUCUCCUAUUUGCCAACAUGGGUUGAAUUGCAUGCAGACUUAUUUUUAGGAUGAUGGAAGCAGUUCUGGUAGUGACAAUUGCAGUCAAUUAUCUGUUUUGGCUGAAGGGCAAUUGUGGUGUGCCUCCUCCUCCCAUCCAUUAAAUACAUACAGAUUUUUCUUUAAGCCCAGUGCUUUGUGCUUCCUAAGAACUAAAUGUAUUUCCAAAAAAAAUAUGCUUUGUUUUCACCUAAAAUCUUUUGAAAAACUCAUCAUCCCCUCAGAAACUUUACUUGGCAGGAGUCAUAGUAGAAUAACACGUCUGCCUAAACGUGUGUGUGUGUGCGUGUGUGUCUCUCUCCCUGGUUGAUAGGUAUUAUUGUAUUUUUACUCACAAUGCAAUAAUUUGUGGCAGGUAUGUAUUGCACAGCUGUAAGAUGUAGAGCCAACUCUGGUUUAAAAUUAACAUCACAUUGCAUCUGGUCUAACUCUUGCGUGUGUGUGUGUGUGUGUGUGUGUGUGUGUGUGUGUGUGUGUGUGUGUGUGUUAGCAUUUUAUGUGGAAAGCCUUUCACUUUGCCCUUUCACAGAGGACAUAUUCUUUGUGACUUUAAAGUGAGUUUAGUGAUGUGUGAGAAUCGUAUCAAAUCAAUAGCGGAGCUUUGCUAUACUUCUGCUAUGACUGCAGUGUUCCUUCAGCCUGCUAAACAGGCUAAUGCUAAUGCUAACACAACUCAUUCAUGUCACAAUUCAUUGUGCCUCUUACUUUUGGAAUCUCAUCGUUCUAUUUGCAUGUGUUAAAGUAAAAAUUAUCUUCUGCUUAAUGUUGGCUUCUUAAUAUGACCUUUGCUUAUUUCAGUGAAUUUUUAAUAGUUAUUUCAUUUAUUAUUACAGUUUUAUUAUCACUCUGUUUGAUUUCUAUAAAUCUGUGGGUAGCACAUAAUGCUCAGAAUUUCUAGAAUUUAUUCUAGAAUAAUUAAUUGUUUAUUAUUACUUGUUGAUGUUAACACUGUGUGAAGGAUUGCUUCAAUGGCAGCUGGACUUCACCUCUUUCCAAGAUAUCCUACUGACUGUGAAGUGAGCCCAGGGGUCCAAAGUAGCCUAGUUCAGGCUAGUCUGCCACAGCACCAGCAUGUGCUGGCCUUACUGGUACUCCUACAUGACCAACCAUUACCAGGAGACAAAUGCAAAGGUUUACAAUUGAUUGAAUAUAAAUACAGUUUCUGUUCAUGGUUGGUUGUAGUUUUGAAACUUUUUUUUUUUCAAGAAGUAUGGAGCAUGUGCUUGGAGCAAGCCUUCGUGCAAUGUUAUGUAAUCAAAAAAUAACCGAUUAUUUGGAAACCUUCCUUAGGACUUCUCCAUGUAAUGUAGCUCUUGACAAUUGGAAUGGUGCUAGAUGAAACUUCAUUAAAGAGUAGCAUCUUAUUGUGAUAAA